AAAAAAAAAAAUGCACGUUAGUAAACAUGUAGAGAUCUCGACAGGUGUGAUGAAUGCUAAACCACAGCUGCUGCUGCUGCGCGCGAGGGAUCGACGGGUGUAAAAAAAAAUAAACAUAAAAAAAGGUGACGCGGGUCUCUUUGUUUUUAUUUUUACGCAGUAGCCGACCUCACAUCUGGUUCAGCGGGCGAUGGCAGCCGCCGCAUCCCCAAGAUCGGUGAUAUAACAUCGGCUGGAGAGUUCAGGGAGAGCCGGAGAGAGCAGGUGAUGGAUCCGAGCCUUCCUUGUUUUCUCCUUUUCAUCUUUGUGAUUGGCUGUGUCAAAUGCUCCCUUGAUAGCCACCACCACCACAAUGGCACCCGCCACUUUGAAUACUGUGUGCUCGGAGCCGGUCCUGCGGGGCUGCAGAUGGGACAUUUCCUUUCCAAGGCCAAAAGAGAAUACAUCAUCUUGGAGAGGAACUCGGGACCGGGCAGCUUCUUUAACAAGUAUCCCAGGCACAGGAAGCUCAUUAGCAUCAACAAGAUCUACACAGGAAGGCAGAACCGAGAGUUCAACCUGCGCCACGACUGGAACUCGCUGCUGAGCGAUAAACCUGACCUCCUGUUCAAGCGAGUGAGCAGCGAGUUCUACCCGCCGGCCGACGCCUUCCCGCUCUACCUGUCCAUGUUUGUGAAGGAGCUCGGGCUGAGGGUCCGGUACGGUGUGGACGUCGGACGGAUCAGGGCAACGCAGUCGGCCACCGGCGUGAGCUACGUCCUGACUGACCAGCAUGCGUCAGACUACACGUGCAGCGUCCUGCUGGUGGCCACAGGUUUGUGGGUUCCUCAGAAGGUGGAGUUUGUCGGUUCUGAGCUGGUCGAGGGCUACGAGUCCAUCUCCACCAACCCUGAGGACUACAAGGAUCAGGCCGUGCUUAUUCUGGGAAAGGGGAACUCUGCCUUUGAAACGGCCCAGAGCAUCUUGGGAAAAGCCAGUCGGGUGCACAUGCUCAGCUCCAGCCCCGUUCGACUGGCUUGGCAAACGCAUUAUGUAGGAGAUCUCAGAGCUGUGAAUAAUGAGUUACUGGACACGUACCAGCUGAAGUCCCUCGAUGGAUUGGUGGAGGCGCGCCUGGAGAAAAUAGUUAUCGCUCGGCGAAAGGAGCAAGUCGGGAGGAAACCAGGUGUGAAGAAGAGAGAGAAGAAGGGAAAGUUGUACCUGACUUUAAAGAAGUACAAACAGAACCAGGACAAGAGGAAGAACAGUUCUGAAGUGACUGGAGAAGAACUGCCGGGGUAUCACAUCGACAACUUCUCCACGCGAAACCCUUACGACCGCGUGAUCCGAUGCCUCGGAUUCCGAUUCAACUUCAGCAUAUUCGACAGCUCUGCCUGCCCACCAAACAGUGACAAUGCAAAAGGGAGGUUGCCGGGGGUGACGGCGUGGUAUGAAGGGAAGAACACCCCCGGUUUGUUUGUGCUGGGGACCGCAGCUCACUCCAGAGACUACCGCUCGUCCGCCGGCGGCUUCAUCCACGGAUUCCGUUACACAGCUCGAGCUGUACAUCGUGUACUUGAACGCCGUUACCACAGCAACCCGUGGCCAUCGACAAAGCUGUCGACAACGCAGCUGCUGUCCUGGAUUCUGAAGCGGGUUGGCGAGGCCUCUGGGCCGUACCAAAUGUUUGAAGUGCUUGGGGAUGUCGUACUCCUUCGAGGCUCUCACUGUGAAUACGUGGAAGAGUUUCCGAUCCAGGCCUUGCCUCAGUUCUCGUCUCUCUCGGGCCGCGAGGUGUCCAGCCACGGACUGGUAGUUGUAGUCAUGCAGUAUGGGAAGAAGAAGAUAGACUAUCUGGGGCGUAACAGGGCAGAAACAGACUGGACCAGAGCUUGGAAAUCCAACUUUCUGCACCCUGUUUUAUACUACUAUGACACACUUCCUACUGAGGAGGAAAUGAAGCUCCGUCCCCAUGGCUGGCCUCUACCAAGACCCAAGGCAAUUCAUCACAUGGUUGAGGACUUCCUCACAGAGUGGGAGGGUCCCAUAUCUCACAUCCAGCCACUGCGGCGCUUCCUGGAGCGCUGUGUCCAGACUGACCUCAGAUCCUUCUAUGCAGAAUCAUGUUUCCAUUCAUCCCUUACCCACCGCAAGCCGCCGCUGUUCUGUCAGCAAGGAUACUUGAAGCGGCAGGGUGUCGCUCCCAAGAGUCGGCUGCGGCAGCACGUUCACGACCCUGGAUUGAUGCCCACUGAGCAGGAUGCAGACACAUCGGGGGCUGACCCAGCGUUCCCCAACUACCUGGCCCAAGCUGGAGCCUCCAUGUCUUCAGGACUGAGACUUGACUUAUGAUUGUUUUUACUUAAAGGGACUGUUUGGGUUUUUUUUUUGACGUGGGGUUGUGUGAGGCACUCAUGAAUAGUCGGUUCAUCAACCUGCAGUGGAUUCUGUUCAGCACGCUCCCAGUUAGGAGAUCAGACCGGGAGCACCGGCAGAAUACAGUGCACUUGUGCUUGGUUGAAAAAAAAUGUAGUGCCAAAGGAAAGUGCUGUUUUCACGGGAAGAUAAACCGCUGAAAAUAUUCUACA